AUGACGCUCUUCGGCAGCGGGGACGCGGGCUGGAGAUAUUUGGAGAUGGCCAGGGAGUCCAAGGCGAGCCAGGGCAGGCUGGGCCAGAAGCGGCAGCACAGCAGCAGCCUGUACCACAGUGACUGUGACCUGGACUAUGAUCUCUACAGGGAUGACUUCCCGUACCGGGUAUAUGAGUACCAGAAGAUCCCCCCACUCAUUAACUGCAUCCCAAUCAAGACCAGGCGGACUCACUUGGGAGCAGGAAGCAAGAGCAGCCUGAGUCCCCAGCCUGGGACGAGGAGCAGCAGCAGCUCCACCACAGGACGGACAAAGUUGCAAGCUGAAGAGCUGCAUUCCAUCAAGGGGGAGCUGAGCCAGAUCAAGGCACAGGUGGACAGCCUGCUGGAGAGCCUGGACCGCAUGGGCCAGCGGAGAGAGCGUCUCACAGAGUCCAAGGAGAGAGAGAAGAAGAGGGCAGAGCCAGGGACAGAGUUAACAUUCCCAGUGGGAGAGGGGUCACAGGAGUCACAAAGGAAGGAGGGGACGGGGGCUGAUGGGGACAGCGACCUGCACAACAUCGACAGUGUGGAGGAGAGCACAGACACAGAGGGGACGGUGAAAACUGACAUGUCAGACCCCAAGGGGAGCCAGUAGCCCGACUGGGAUGCCGUGGCCUUCCUGUGAGGCCAACCCUUCCCAGCUUGUGUUAUUUCUUUUGAGGCUUCCAGGUAGUGCCACACAUGACAUGAUGUGCCCGUCCUCAGCACAGCCAUCCCCUGCUGGCAGCCCUGUGUCCCACCCUGGAAGUGGGACAGACCUGGCGAGAGAGGUUUUUGUGUUCCAGUGCGCUUGUUUUCUUUUUCUUCCUGUUUUCAGACCUACGGAUAAGCAGAGGUGGCCUGGGGAGGGAAGGGAGCAGUAAAAAAAUAGAAAGGACCAUAUCUCAAAGUAGCAUCUCAAAUCCCAUCUGCCUUGCUGCCAGUAUCACCUCAGCCACAGGAUGCUGUGGAGAGAGAAUGCAGCCCAGGAUGGCUUUCAGAGCUGCUCAGCAUCCCACCAUAGGAAGAAGGAACCAUGUCAGCCAGCUUCCUAAAGCCAGGUUUAGGAAACUUUUGUGGGAUUUUGGGAUGGUGCCAAGCCUAGCUCUGAUGUGACCUGCAGGACCAGCAGUGGGGCAAUGCCAACCCAAUCACUCCCAUUUGCCCCAGCUCCCACAUGCGUUUUCCUUACUGGUUUUCCACAGGCUGUUCUCAGCCAGGCAUUGCAUCUGCAGCCAGUAGGACUCCAGUAAGAGCUUUACGAGGGCCCCUGGCCUGCACCCAAAGAGUCCUGGUCGCCCCUGUGCUCCCCAGUGUCCCGUUUCAGUUCCAUGUCCUUCAUUUCUCAGUUGCCCUUCUCUCACUGGCACAAAUUUGUUCUGUAUUUCUAAUUUGCACUGGUAAAAGAGUGUAUUGUAUUGGAAAGAAAAAUAAUUUGUAUUUUUUUCCUCUGGUUAUUCGACUCCAAUGCAGUUUUUAGCAUGUGAAGUGCACAGUUUUGUACCCCAUUUUAUGUGCUGC